AUGAAACAUCUUGUCGGAUCGUUUAAUCUAUCAUAUAUACGACAACAUGUGCAAAAUUCCAUUGAUACAGACCCUCAGACUAUUUUGAAAGCACUAAAAGUACAUCCAAUUUUAAAGUAUCAUUAUGAACCACUUGUUGAUGAUCAUAUGACACUCGAACAACAUACAAUUGAUACAAUAAAACUCUUUCAGCAAAAUUUUGCAGGAAAAGAAAAGAAGCUAUUUCUAUCCGAUCAAUGUUUUUAUGUUUUAUUAGCCUUUCAUGCUAUUGGUAAACGACAAGCGAUCAUUGAAGGUCGCAAUGAUUUUCAUCGACAAUAUACAAUUAAAAUUAUUGAUGAAGUAAUUGAUAUCAUUCCAUUUACACCACAAAUUGAAAAACAAAUGAAGUUGUUGAUCGACUCAGUUGAAAACUAUGUGGAUGUUGAUUUUAAUUUGACAUUACAAAAUUUAGUGUCUAACAUCAAGAAGCAACAUCAUGCUUUUGAUAAAACAACACCACUUGAAAAAAUUUGGUAUACAUUCUUGGUUUAUUUUCAAUGUACCAUGAUGGAAUUCCAAUAUUUAUUUGAUACAAAUGAAAAAGAUGGCCUUUUUAUGUAUGAUGAAGAAAAACAUCGAAUUUUGUUUUCAAAAUACAUUGAACAUAAGCUAAUUAAACUAGAAAAGGAGCUUUUUAAGAAUCAGAGAUAA